UUUAAAGGACAGCAACUUGUUAUAUAUUAUAUUAUAUUACAGAUUUAAAACUAACAAGGAAUUGUAGAUAUCACCAUCUUCUUGGGCACACACAGUCUGGCGUAUAUGAGAUAAACCCUUUUGGUAACGAGACCAGUGUCAGCGUGUAUUGUGACAUGGUGAAUGAAGGAGGAGGGUGGACAGCUAUCCAGAGACGUGUGAGUGGAUCAGUGAGAUUCAACAGAACGUGGGCGGAAUACAAGGAUGGAUUUGGUUUCCCUAAUGAUUCUUACUGGAUUGGAAAUGACGUCAUAUAUCAACUUACCAAGGGAAGGAACUCCUCCCUCUACGUAUCUAUCACACUGACUAAUGGGACAAAGCUCUAUGAGUUAUACAACCAGUUCUCUAUUGCUGAUGAAAUGAACAACUACAGACUACUUCUUGGAGGACCAGCUACCGGGACCCUGGGUGACUCUAUGUCAGAUACAGGUUCUUCUUACUACGAUCUGUCUGGGAUGUCCUUCAGUACCCCAGACAGAGACAACGACAGAUCUAUUGGUAACUGUGCUGCUUCCAGUAACAUUAGAGGAGGCUGGUGGUUUAACAGCUGUAACCACGCCUUCCUUAACGGUCCCUGGUCCCCGGGGUCCUGGUUCAGACCAUGGUAUCCCACAGUGACUGAUAGUACACAGAUAAAAGAAACUCUCAUGAUGAUCAAACCUCACUGACUUUAUAUAUCUUUAUAUCAAUAGUUGUUCACACAUGUUAUGCAAAGUUAAUUACUUAAAUAAUGGAUGAUAAUGAUUUAAAUCUUGACAUAAUGUUGGUAUUCAUAUUUAUUCAUAAAGUAAUACAUUUAUUAUGUGUAAUGAAUGCAUUGUUAAGUCCAAAUAUG